GGCCGACGGCCCCAGAACAAGCGGUCAUGUGACUGGGAAGAUGGCGGUCUUCCCUUGGCACUCCAGGAACAGGAACUACAAAGCUGAGUUCGCAUCAUGUCGACUGGAGGCAGUACCAUUGGAGUUUGGGGACUAUCAUCCUCUGAAACCCAUAAAGGUCACAGAGUCAAAGACGAAGAAAGUGACUCGGAAGGGAAGCACUUCUUCCACGUCGUCCUCCUCCUCCAGCUCCAUGGUGGACCCGCUGAGCAGUGUCUUGGAUGGGACUGACCCCCUCUCCAUGUUUGCAGCCACUGCUGACCCUGCAGCCUUGGCAGCUGCUACGGUAAUGUGCCCCAGCCAUGCUUGUCUAGUGAUUCUGGAGCAACUGAUGGAUCAUGUGCUGCUGGGUACAGAUGAGCACAACCAUGUUUCAUUGCAGGUCUCUGAUACGGCGGCUGCCACUCUCCCCUCACCUCUGCUGGAAGAGACAGCAUCUGACCCCAGACUCAAAUGUGAGUCAACACCAGAGCUGAGAAGUCAGUGCCUGAAAAAGAGUAAACUUGAGUUCCUAAGAAUGCCUCCGUUGGGGGUAUUGGUGCUUGAGAAAAGCCACCUGUGUGAUGUAAAUUCAUUCUGUUUAGGCAGAGCCGGGACUGCCGCAUUCGCAAUGUCAGAGAAGGUCCGGACCCGGCUGGAGGAGCUGGAUGACUUUGAGGAGGGUUCCCAGAAGGAGCUGUUGAACUUGACUCAGCAGGAUUACGUGAACCGCAUAGAGGAGCUCAAUCAGUCAUUGAAGGACGCCUGGGCCUCCGACCAGAAAGUGAAGGCUCUAAAAAUUGUCAUCCAGUGUUCAAAGCUUCUUUCAGACACCAGUGUUAUUCAGUUCUACCCAAGCAAAUUUGUGCUUAUCACCGACAUACUUGACACAUUUGGAAAGCUUGUGUACGAGCGCAUCUUCUCCAUGUGUGUGGAUAACCGCAGUGUCUUACCAGAUCACUUCUCUCCAGAGAAUGCAAAUGACACGGCCAAGGAAACAUGCCUAAAUUGGUUUUUCAAGAUUGCUUCCAUCAGGGAACUCAUCCCGAGAUUUUACGUGGAAGCAUCCAUCCUGAAAUGUAACAAAUUCCUCUCCAAAACGGGAAUUUCAGAGUGCCUGCCUCGGUUGACAUGCAUGAUCAGAGGGAUCGGAGACCCGCUGGUGUCCGUGUAUGCCCGUGCCUACCUGUGCCGGGUGGGAAUGGAAGUGGCCCCACAUCUCAAAGAAAGCCUAAAUAAGAACUUUUUUGACUUCCUCCUUACGUUCAAACAGAUUCAUGGGGAUACGGUCCAGAACCAGCUGGUGGUCCAAGGAGUGGAGCUCCCAUCAUACCUCCCCUUAUACCCGCCUGCCAUGGACUGGAUCUUCCAGUGCAUCUCCUACCAUGCUCCCGAGACUCUGCUGACCGAGAUGAUGGAAAGGUGUAAGAAACUAGGAAACAAUGCUUUGCUGUUGAAUUCCGUGAUGUCUGCUUUCCGGGCUGAGUUCAUCGCCACAAGGUCUAUGGAUUUCAUUGGCAUGAUUAAAGAGUGUGAUGAAUCUGGUUUUCCCAAGCAUCUCCUUUUUCGAUCACUGGGGUUAAACUUGGCGUUGGCUGAUCCUCCGGAGAGUGACCGACUUCAGAUUCUCAACGAAGCUUGGAAAGUUAUCACUAAGCUGAAGAAUCCACAGGACUACAUUAAUUGUGCCGAGGUGUGGGUGGAGUACACCUGCAAGCAUUUCACGAAACGAGAGGUGAAUACCGUUUUGGCAGAUGUCAUCAAGCACAUGACUCCAGAUCGUGCAUUUGAAGAUUCCUACCCCCAGCUUCAGUUAAUAAUUAAGAAAGUUAUUGCCUACUUCCAUGACUUCUCAGUUCUUUUCUCAGUGGAAAAAUUUCUGCCGUUUCUGGACAUGUUCCAAAAAGAGAGCGUGCGGGUGGAGGUUUGCAAAUGCAUCAUGGAAGCCUUUAUCAAGCAUCAGCAAGAGCCCACCAAGGACCCAGUCAUUUUGAAUGCCCUUUUGCACGUUUGCAAGACCAUGCAUGACUCUGUGAAUGCACUCACUCUUGAGGAUGAGAAAAGAAUGCUGUCAUAUUUGAUUAAUGGAUUUAUAAAAAUGGUAUCCUUUGGCCGUGAUUUUGAACAACAGCUGAGUUUUUACGUUGAGUCCAGGUCGAUGUUUUGCAAUCUGGAGCCUGUUCUUGUGCAGUUGAUUCACAGUGUAAACCGGUUGGCAAUGGAGACGAGAAAAGUAAUGAAAGGAAAUCAUUCCAGAAAGACGGCUGCGUUUGUCCGGGCCUGUGUUGCCUACUGCUUCAUCACCAUCCCCUCCUUGACGGGCAUCUUCACACGUCUCAAUCUCUACCUGCAUUCUGGUCAGGUGGCCUUGGCCAACCAGUGCCUCUCCCAAGCUGAUGCUUUUUUCAAAGCUGCUAUAAGCCUCAUUCCGGAAGUUCCAAAGAUGAUUAAUAUCGAGGGGAAGAUGCGGCCGUCGGAAUCGUUCCUGCUGGAAUUCCUCUGCAAUUUCUUUUCUACUUUAUUAAUAGUUCCGGAUCAUCCUGAACGUGGGGUCCUGUUUCUUGUUCGAGAGCUUCUCAACGUGAUCCAGGACUACACCUGGGAGGACAACAGCGACGAGAAAAUCCGCAUCUACACCUGCGUCCUGCAUCUCCUCUCCGCCAUGAGCCAGGAGACCUACCUUUACCACAUAGACAAAGUGGACUCCAAUGACAGCCUCUACGGGGGAGACUCCAAGUUCCUGGCAGAAAACAACAAGCUGUGUGAGACGGUGAUGGCUCAGAUCCUAGAGCAUCUGAAAACCCUGGCCAAGGACGAGGCCCUGAAGCGCCAGAGCUCGUUGGGUCUCUCCUUCUUUAACAGCAUCUUGGCCCAUGGGGACCUACGCAACAACAAGCUCAACCAGCUCUCUGUCAACCUGUGGCACCUGGCACAGAGGCACGGCUGUGCAGACACCAGGACCAUGGUGAAAACACUAGAAUAUAUCAAGAAGCGAAGCAAACAACCAGACAUGACUCAUCUGACUGAGCUGGCGCUCAGACUCCCUCUACAAACAAGGACCUGACCCCCCGGGGCCGGUCCCCAGGCUCAGGGACUCUGGCACCAAAUACAGAAAGAUCUCCUCUGCUGCCCCGAACUCUUACUGGAAUCUAGGUUUCUCAUUUUUCUUUUCUUUUUAUAUAUGUACCAAUUGGUUUACACUUUGGCCUCUACCCAGGUUAUUCUGACAGUGAAGAAAUGGGGGUGACAGAGCAUUAAAAUGCCAUCUUCACUGAGAAGCAGCAUCUCUGUGUUUGCUUUGCACAAGUGGCCUUCCGUUUCUCAGCCCCAGAAAGGGCCUUUAGCAAGAGAGAAACAAGAAUGCAAGUGACAUCUUUCCUUUCUGGAAGGUAUUUGUUUUUUCAUAGCUGAGGAAAAAGGACUUUGAAAAGCAGUGCCACUUUAUACCUUCAAGUUAGAGAGUGCCCAAAGUCUGGAACUCAGGCUUUAUGAAAGGCAGAAAUAGCGCUCCAUUAACUUUUUCCUAUCAAAAGCAGCUCUUGAUUGGACUUAGAAUCUGUGUUGGGACAUCAAAGGAGAAAGUGAGGUCAAAUUUGAGAUUCUCUGUGGCUUCAGUAUACUCUAACAUAAUAAAUGUCCUGAAGGAGCA